AUGCAUCCGUCAAGCAAUAUUGACACUCAAGCGUCUCCUCCGACAUUCACGAGCCGGACUCGCCGUCUGUUUUCGCCUUCGGGCAGCCGGCGACUCUCCACGGCCUCUCUCAGCAGCACAUUUUCGUUCAGUAGCAUUCGUACUGCCCUCCCAGAAUAUUCUGAGACGGCGAGCCGCAUUGAUAACCAUAUUUUUGACGACCUCAGAGAUCCCCCACCAAGCAUUGACGUCUCAUCUUCUACGAUCAGCACUUCCACCAACCAUAAAUAUGCGCCACCGAUUCCUCCGGCCACGAAUCGAUCGGAAUCGGCGCCUAAUCCAACAGCCGGCAUAGUUCCUCACUUUGAAUAUGCCUUUCCAAUGCGAAGAGACAGGCCAUGGGCUACUCUUGUCCUGUUCACGCGCAAGUUUGAUCCUCACACCACCGACGCCCAGCGUCCACCGAUCCCACAGUUUUGUAUGUCGGGCGUUACAACCCGCAACCAGAGCAAGGCACGGGCAAACGAGAGUCAGCAGGGUAACCCCCCAACGACUGCUCAGACGCCGGCCUACGAGUCGGGAGGCACCGCCUCUGGCUCGCCUGCCGUACGGAAUACCGCUUCCGUGCAGGAUGAGAAUCCCCCCGCCGUUGGCCACGCGGGCGAGGGACCGGUCUCAAACCCCCGAGAGGGUGAUGAGAUGAUCAUGCGAGACCAUGCUGGUACACGCAAUGAUAGGAACACGCGCCGCGUGCGCACCGUAGACCACCGCCCUCGUGCGGUCAGUAGGCAGUUGCCUCCACACCUCGAUAGAACCACUCUCGACGAGCUCGACGAGCUCGACGAGGAUGAAAACAUGGAUGAUAGCAUGAGAAUAAAAUAUGCUUUAGACAUUGCAAAAAGCACUCGGAGGACAACGGACUUACUCAUGCCCAUUCUACAUGAAAUCUUCAAGAAAGUGGACAGCCUGGAAUUCCGCCAAGGGAACCAAGAAACUCCAGAAAGAGAUCCCGGGUAUGAGGAACCCGAGGAGGAGGACUUCGAGCCUGGACCGUCGAAAGGAAAAGGCAUUGACCCUCGAAACUGGGGAAACCUCGGUAUUCCAGACAAGGAAGUCGAUCCCGAUGUCCAAGAAGCCCUUCUCAACGAAGCCCGAGAGAGGAGACACGAACCCGGUCCAUCUAAUCAGCAGGACAUGUCUAAUAAUAGAAUGACAGAACCUGAGAACACACCCGAGUUCGACGCUGAACAGGCAUUCAACGAGCAUCGGGCGCGACUCAAGCGCAUGGAAGAAGCACUAGCGAAGGAAAAAGAAGCCUUUGAAGAGCUUUUUCGUGAGCGAUUAGUUGGGGCACAAAGUGCAGGACAUACCGCACAGAAUAUUAGAAUCUCCUCAACCCCCAUGUCAAGAGACAUUGAAAUGCUCAUCAACCGAACUCCUGGCAAUAAUACUUCAGUCCGUAAACCCGCGAACGCGCUGAAGCCGAGCAAUCAGCUACCGUUCGACACGUUGAUGGGUCGAUACUUCCAUUCUGAGAAUAAUGGCGGGUUACACAGAGGCGACCGUACCGAGAUGAGGGAUGACUCAACGGGAGUUACCUCUCGAUUCAAGCCUUUGGCACCCACGCCCCCUGAAAAGUACAAUGGGGAGGCAGACAUUAUGAAGUUUCAGAAGUAUGUGACCGAUUGUCAAAGGUUUUGUGAAGAAGCUGGCCUCGGAAAAAGAACUGAAGUCGGAAAGUGCGCAUAUUACCUCGGUGGGAAGGCGUACCGUUUCUAUCAGAACACUGUGGCGUUUGACGAGCAAAAUUGGACGUUAAAGGACUUCUUGAAGGAUCUUUUCGAUCAUUGCUUCCCGCCGGACUUCCGGCUGAAACAGCGCCAGAAGCUCGAUAAUUUCGUACAGGGAUCGCGCUCUGUUACAGACUAUGCGAACGAGCUGCUUAAUUUGUUCCGCCUCGUUGGAACAAGUGAUCUGCAGCAGCGCGUAGAUAAACUAUGGAAUGGAUUGCGCUAUGAGCUACAAACUGCCUUGUGGAAAGAAAACCUUGACUACCAUACCUCAUCAUGGGCCGAAGUCAUUGAAGUUGCACAACGUCACGAAAUGGCUGAUCGUAUGGAAGCGAGCAACCGUAAGCACCAGAAGACUGAUGGUGAGAAGAAUGGUCACCAAGAGAAGAAGCCAGAAUCGUCCCACCGAUUCAAUAAACCUGGAGAUCGACCUCAGCGUUCGGAGCCUCGGAAAGAUGGAUAUCAAAAGGAUAAUUACCAAAAGGACCGCACGAAUGACUCCCGCUCGGGAAGAGACAACAGGGACAACAAGGGCGGCCGUGGUUUCAAUAACCACCCGUGUCGAGAAUUUUCAUCACAGAUGAAGUGCCAUCGAUGUGGCGACCCUGGCCAUUUCGAGAAACAUUGCCCGAAGGGGCAGUCAGUUAAGUCGGAUUCAAAGAAUAAACCGCCCGGCGCUAAAAGUUUCAAUAUAGAAGUCGCCGUCGCAAAUGAGGAAAGACUUAAUUUACUUGAAAGCACCACUGAAGGUGCUGCAGCAGUUAGCGCCCAUUACAUUGAAAUCGAGAAUGCUGCUUGUGGCGUGAAUGGCCUAGAAGAUUUGGAUGAUGAUGAAUUGCCAGGAAUCACAUUUGCUGAAGGUGCCCGUGAGUUAUUUGAUCCCGCGAAGAUGCCAGACGCAGAAGGGAAACUAGGUUCACCAUUGUGUGCUGCCGUAAAACGAAUGCUCGAGGUCAUGAGGCCAUAUCCCGGUGACCCGAGCAACGAAGCACGCGAAUUUGACCGUUUCACAGUCUACGAGACUUCUGGAGGGAAGGAACUCGUUGUUAUGGAUUCGGUUACCGACGAAGUGGAACUUCUUGACACCCAUAGAGCCGCAGAGCCCGAUUUCUUGAUCGGAAGAUGGUAUGCUAUCAAAUGUACCCAACGCACUCGCGUUCGGGUUAAGCCUGUGAGACGUUGGUACAAGAAGACACCAUACGUCGAUAUUCAUGCCAAAAAUGCAGCCUGGAGGCUGAAUACUGGAAGGGACUUCUAUCAGUACCUCGCAUGCUCGAAGAAACGAAGGGAAAAACUUUCCUCUCGCUUUGACAUCUACUGGGAUGAUGCUGUACACCAGUAUCGAGUGUUUGACUUCGGAAUAGGCCUUCAUUUCGAAAUACCUGCUUGUAAAGUGCGAAAUCAACGACUAGAUAUUCGUAACUGGUAUUUUAAACGCCUUACUCAUUUCAUAAAGGAAGAGUUCUUCGAAUUCUAUCAUGCAUUAGAUUAUUAUGAUAUUUCAAGCCUUUUCGGCGACGAAAAGCUGGAGGGUGAGAAGGACGAGCCAAGCGACGAAUGCCUCGAAGAAAUCAUCGAGUAUUACAGUUCUGACGAGUCAGAAUUCGAUUACUGCGAACCAGAACAAACCAACGAGCAAAACUUGUUUAAAGAUGAGGUUAACGACGAAAUCCAGUCAGAUGUUGACUCUUGGGAAGAUUUUUACGGAUCAGAAGCUCCUGCAGAUGACCCAACCGAGACUUACAAGCUAGAAGACAUAGAAAGUGACUCCCUCGACAAUUUUUAUGGAUCCGAAACGUCUGAAUGGCUGGACGACGAAUCCUUCGAAAUAAGCGCCCAAGAACUCAAACUGGACGAAGACUUUCACAGUGCAGGAGUGUCCAACUGCUCGGAAGCAGAUUUCGUCGAAUUAGGCGCCCAGCAGCCGGCAGAGGACGUCCUACCUGCUGCACAACAAAAUGCAGCCAUGGUAAAGGAUCCAUCUUGUGUGGUUCCUAACCCUAUCACUGUAGUGGUUCAUGUUAAUGGAAAGCCAGCUCGAGCACUCAUAGAUUCUGGCUCACUAUGCGAUUUCAUGUCGUCUACUCUUGCUGAUCAACUUAAGCUGCAUAAGGAAGAGCUGAAAACACCUUUAAUUGUUCAGCUAGCUGUUCUAGGAUCGCGUUCUAAAGUUAACUAUAAAGUAACAACUGAUUUUACCUACCAGGGUAUUCAGGAAAAGAGGGCAUUUGACAUAAUUAACCUCUCAAGUUAUGACAUAAUUCUAGGCACUCCAUUUCCGUAUCAACACUCUGUAAUGAUUGGAUUCAAUCAGAUGAGAGUUGUCAUUGGGAGCAACGAGGCGUUACCUGUCAAAGGUUCUACUGUAAGGACUCUCUCGUCUAGUCUUUCCCAGCUCCGGGAAGAAAACCUCGAUACAGUGCGAGCAUAUCUUCGAGAAUGCGCCAUGCCAUUGUGCAAAACAGCCGAAGAAACAGAGCUCCCGCCUUUACGAGCCAUUAACCAUCGAAUCGAGCUCAUAGACGAGAAUGCCACUUAUCCUUGGCGUCCGGCACGAUGCCCCGAGGCUUUCCUAAAUCAGUGGGUCGAUAAACGAAACGCCUACUUAAAGUCGCAACGCUGGGAGGUUACAAACUCACGAAACACAGUACCCAUGUUGUUCAUACCGAAACCCUCGAAGAAACCCGGCGAUCCACCACGACUCCGCACGGUGAACGACCUACGAGCCCGCAAUGCAAACACUAAAAAGAUGACAAGUCCACUCCCUGACAUCGAUGGGAUUAUGCGCCGCGUGGCCUCCAAAAAAUACAGGACAAUCCUGGACCUCAAGGAUGCAUAUGAGCAGGUGAGGAUCGACCCUUCUGACGUCUGGAAGACGGCUUUCUCAACACCUAAUGGUAAUAUGGUUAGCAACGUACUCCAAAUGGGAGACUGUAAUGCACCGGUGACGUAUCAAGCCUUAAUGAACCAUAUUUUUUCGCCCUACAUUGGGAAGUUCAUGGAUGUGUACUUGGAUGACAUCAUUAUCUAUUCAGACUCGUUGGCAGAGCACGUUGAGCAUGUUAAAAUCAUUCUAGGUGUCUUAGAAAGAGAGAAAUUCUACUUAUCUGAAGGAAAACUCGAUUUUUUGUGCUCGAAAGUAAAGAUCCUCGGACGAAUUGUUGAUGAUGAGGGCAUCCAAAUGGACCCCCAUAAAGUUGAUGCACUCCUUCGUUGGAAGGUCCCAACAAAUCGGGAUCUCCUGCGUGGAUUUCUUGGAGCUGCGAGCUAUCUAGCAGAUGAUAUUGAUCGUGUUAGGAUCCCUAUGGGUGUUCUACACACUCUGACUAGUAAUGCAGUGCCUUUCCGAUGGGAUUUUACGCACCAGAGGGCUUUCGAAGAAAUAAAAGAACUCGCUAAUAGGCGCCGUGACCACCAUAGGCGCCCAAUUGAUCAUUCGCCCGGUGCGCCGCCCAUUAAUUUAAUCACGGAUGGAUGUAUCACUGGUGUUGCGGGUGUCAUUAGUCAGGGAGAAGACUGGAAAACAGCACCUGUGGCGGCCUUCUAUUCGGCAAAACUCUCUCCUGCGCAACAGAACUAUCUGGUUCACAAGAUUGAACUUCUUGCUGGACUUGAAACAAUGAUGCGCUAUCGCGACGUGCUUCUCGGCGUUCAUUUCCGCUGGUACACAGAUCACAAGGGUCUCAUGACCCUGUGGAAUCAUCGUGAAUUGACUGGCCGGAGGGCGCGAUGGAUUGAGACGCUCAGCAUGUUCGAUUUCGAAGUGAUCUAUGUGCCGGGUGAAGAUAAUGUGUUGAGUGAUGCCCUAUCAAGGAUUUACUCAAACGACGCACCAGGAACCGUCCGUGCCCCGAGCGAGUACACGGAGUAUGAUAACACUGCUCCUUCCAUGAAAGUUGCAUGUGCCAUGAUCGAGGCUCCCAUUCUUGUUGGGAUGGAGGCAGUGUGCGCAACUGCAAACGUAAAUUAUGUCGGUCGCAGAUCCAAACGAGUCUGUGAGCGCGAAGGUGCCGAGACGGGAAGGCCGGAAACUUCGGAUGAGUUCGCCGCAAGGGUAAAGGAUUCUUUCACCCUUCAUGGUCCAGAGCGACUAGUGAUACGGGUACCACCACGUGCGAGCCCUUCGAGUGCACAGACCGAGGAAACAGACGCUAGCCAAGACGAGGAUAACAUUGCACCCGAGAAGCUCGGCUCCACGAGCAGAGACACACGUGCACCUAAUGAUGACAUCAACAAUGAUGUCAUUCAUGAUCUGUCUCCGCUGGACCUUGCGCGGGACCUCGAUGGCAUUGAUGUACUCAAGGAGAUUCGCGGCAACUACAGGAAUGACCCAUCUUUCAAGUCCAUUGUGGACAACCCGAAUGAAUACAAAAAUUUUGAGUUUGAUAAGCAGAAGGGCCUCCUGUACUUGAUACAGGACAGUAGGCGACUCUUGUGUGUACCCGAUGUAAAGACGGGUGGACGGAAAAUUAGGGAAAUCAUCAUUUCGGAAGGUCAUACACUUCUUGCUCAUUUGGGAUACCGAAAGACAUACUCUUACUUACGUGAUUACGUCUGGUGGAAGUCCAUGGCAGACGAUAUCGAGAAGUUCUGUGCCUCGUGCACAAUCUGUAAGCAGAGCAAGGCUAACAAUUCAAAGCCGUAUGGCUUCCUCAACCCGUUGGACGUUCAGACGCAACCUUGGGAUUCUAUUGGGAUUGAUUUCGUCGGACCAUUUCCCGAAUCGACAAACCGCGAUGGUAUCUUCGACGAAAUCACUGUGAUCAUUGAUCUAUUUUCGGGCAUGGUUCAUCUCGUGCCCAGCCGUUCCACCUAUUCGGCGCGUGAAGUUGCUGAAUUAGUCUUCGAGAAUGUCUACAAGUUGCAUGGACUACCUUCCUCAAUAGUGAGUGAUCGUGACCCACUUUUUACAAGUCAUUUCUGGCGGGAAUUGCAUAAGCUUAUCGGGACUAAACUCCGAAUGUCGAGUGCUUAUCACCCCGAAACAGACGGCACAACCGAAAGGGCAAACAAAACGAUUGGUCAAAUGUUGCGCCAUUGUGUUGGGACAACUCAGAAAGACUGGGUACAGAAGCUUCCCGCGAUUGAAUUCGCGAUCAAUGCUGCUCGUUCAGAGAGCACCGGUUAUGCCCCGUUUUUUCUCAACAGUGGGCGGAUGCCUCGCUCAUUAAUUUGGGAUUCAAACAAACCGAGUGAAUAUCCGGGUGUCCGGGCUUUUGCCAAAAAGAUGAAGACAGCGAUAAUGCGAGCACAUGACAGCUUGAUCGCGUCGCGUGUCAAAUCAGUCCGUGACGCCAAUAGGAAACGCCGAAAUGCUCCAUUCAAGGAGAAAGAUUUUGUAUACGUAUCCACAAAGAACAUUUCACUCCCCAAGGGUUUAAGUCGAAAAUUGGCCCCUAAAUUCGUCGGGCCAUACCAGAUUGUGGAAGAUUUUGGAAACAAUUCAUUCCGAGUAAAUAUCUCUGCCUCUCUGCGGAAAAGAGGUGUCCACGAUGUUUUUCAUUCAUCUUUGCUACGGAUUCAUGUACCAAACGAUGAUAGGUUAUUCCCAGGUCGAACAGAUACUCAAGUCUUCAAUCUUGAAGACCUGGAGGGCGAGUGGGCAGUGGAAAAAAUUCUAUCCCAUAAGGGUGAAGGGAAAAACUCCGCAUUUGAAAUUCUAUGGAAAUCAGGAGAUAUUAGCUGGCUACCUUACCAUCAAGUGAGCCAUCUGAACGAACUGAACCAAUAUCUCGAAGCCAUGGGGGCCAAGACAAUUGCAGAACUUUCUAGAGGGAAAGAAACGUGGUUUAAUGCCGAUGAACAAGUCCUUUUGGGUGCCAUGACCCUAGACUCCGAAAUUGGAAUCAUAUAUAAAGAGGGCUUCACCUCGAACGACCUCUUUGACGAUUCUUUCCCAUACCCAACUCCAAAUCAACAACCUAUAUCACCUACCAUGUCUUCUACUUCUUCUUCCACUUCCACUUCAGUUCUUACUUCUUCUUCUUCUUCUCCCCCUUCUCUUCACUCUUCCACCGAGAAAUCGGUUUAUACAUCGUCCAACACCAUAUCCAACUCUCUCGCCAAUCUUCACUUCAAAAAGAAGCCAGUCCCCGACCCCAGCGCGACCACCACGACCACUUCCGCCGCUAACGACGAUUCCACAGCCGCCAGCACAGCCACCAACGAGCGCUCGUCCGUCGAUCAGUCUACCACGGUCCACACAGCACAGAAUACUGGCGAACCCGCGGCCAUCACCAAUGCACAUGCCAUUCCAUCCGACCAAGAUGUUGAUAUGGCUGAGGCUGAGCCCGUUGCGCUCCCGGAGACUUUCGGUGCGAACGCGCACUUCACUACACUCUUGCCCGCUGCAGAGCUCGAUCCCCAUCACUUCGAAGCCACCUUGCCCUUCAGCGACCUCAUCUCCGAGGCCGGGACUACCUUCGCCGACCACACACUCGCCACCACUCGCAUCGACACGACCCGCCUGGUCACUUCCCUUCGCAAGCCAUGGCCUUACCGUCGUCUUGGAUCCAUUAUGCCCGGAGGAUUUUCCCGCAUCUUCCAAGGCCGAAACGGGUACUUCUCCAUUAUCAGCGAGCACGGCGUUGUGUACACCAUCACCGCCUUCCAGCUGAAGGACAUACUCCGCUUCGCGACCGACCUCAACAAGACCAAGCACGACGAGGCCAAGAAGAAGCUGCUCAUUGAGCCGAUUGGUUACCGAGAAGUGGCACAGAUGCUCAACGCCGACGACGCGCAGGAUCGCCGACUCCCCACCAUCAACGCCGACGGUUCCGUGAACUACACCAAGUGGCACCACGGGCGCUACCCUCUUCAGGUGGACGCAGCUGAACCAGAUCAGAUCGAGUUCGGCAUAAAGUAUCAGCGUCUGUUCAACAACGUCGACCCCAGCUCGAUCAGCGCCGCCCUCAUUCACGCGAACACCGCCUUCGCGAGCUCGUCCAAGCGUGGGAAUUCGGACUCCGGGGACAAGGCGCAUCGCUCCAAGAAGUCGCGCUAUUAG